CAUAGAUGAGUACAGUGAUUACGAAAGAAAAAAAAAUAGCUGGUUUCCUUUCAUUUUCCUUGGGCCAUUCCCGUUCUGAACUGGACUUGCAUAAAUAGAGAACAAAUAGUCAAUCCAAGGAGAAGCAACUCAAGAGUUGAACGCAAUGGGUGCCCUCUCGUGGGCGGCUGACGCGGUGGUGGUGAUCUACUCUCUCACCGUGGCCAUCACUGCACCGCUAGUCGUCGCACAGGGCAUCCUCCCGCGCCGCCUCUUCCCGGCGCCGCUUGUGGCCUUCAAGCUGUGGUACGCGGUGAAGUUCGACGACUACCUCACCGCCGAGCCACCGGCUUUCUUCCGCGGGCUUAACUGGCUGGAGCUCGUCUUCCAAUGGCCGCUCAACGUUGCCAACGUCUACGGCAUCCUUGCCGGCCGCCCAUGGGCCGCCACCACAUCCCUGAUGGCCGGCGUCUCUACCCUCACCUCCAUGGCUGCGAUACUUGGAGACAUUCUGGGAUCAGGGAGAGCGACCAAGAAAUUGCUUCUGGUCUAUGUCCCUUACGUUGCUUUCGCCGUCAUCGCGAUUCUUCGUGGGCUCGCCUCAGGCUCAAGAUCUCCAGCGGGUUCUCUUGCAUCUUAUGCUUGGAAGAAAAUCAUCUAGUACUUAUUUCUUUUGUUAUGCUGUACCCACAACCAUGUAACCAGGGAGGAGUUCGUGAUCAUCACAAUCUUCCUUGUACAAUGGAUUAGAGCAUUAUCAUAUUUCUCUUUA